GCCAUAGCUGCACGCUCUCCAAGACGCUCUAGCUCAGCCACAGCCUUCAAACACCAGACAAUCUUCCUAGAUUUACAGCGGGUCACCUUCUCAUUGCUGCUCAAUUUUAGCCAAUCCUUCUUGAAUUAAUUCAAAUCUGUUUGCGGGGUCCUGUACAGCCCAGCCAUCACGUGAAUCCACGUCAUCUUCCAUUGCAGAUUAGUUUAGACCACUAGUCUCGUCUUUCCUCAUCGCCUGGUGAGAUUUGUCCUUGUGUGUCAAGUGACAGACAUUGACUAGUAGGCACUGGGCAAUGCUGUUCUGGGAAGCCAGUUUCGGCCUAGGAGGUUGUACGCACCAAGAAUGCCCACUCACGUGUCCCCUAAUAGCGAUUUGAUUCCUGAUCACGCGGUUUUAGGGCGCGUCAAUACGAGCAUUGCGCUCCGCUUGACAGCAAGGAAGGAAAAAUCCCGAAUUCCGUGAUGAGUCACUGAAAGAAAACCCCUCGCAUUGCACCAGCGUCCCUCGCUUGCGAUCGCCACGCCGCGUGGGAAUGCGACAAAGUAUGCGACCAAUGCGACCAGUGCGACAAAAAUGCGACCAGGAAUGCUCCUGCUCGACGUGUGAAUGUUUAGCCAGCAUCGUAGUUGCUUCCAGUUACUAGUACUGUGACAGUAGCAUUCUCUCCCGCAUAAUUCACUCACAACGCUGCACUCUAAGAUGCUCUCCGCUUUACUUCCCUCCUUCAACAAAUUCCUCUUUCCUCGUAUGUAGGCGAACUUUACUCCUUCCUAGCACUCCCAAUUAGCACUCGCCUAAGGGCGUGGUGCACAUACUCUGCACAACUCGCCCGAGUUGCGCAAUCCGGGCUGGUUACGAUUUUAGUGAACAUUUCGAGUACCCUUCGCAAGUCACGCGGCUACGGGCAAAAAACUUCGCCAAAACAGCAACUAUUUGCGCCUUUUCAAGCGCAAAUCAGUGCACCACGCCCUAGCCUUCCUUGGCGAGCCGCCGUGCCCGGCCCGUGCAGCCAGUGCACUGCUCCUAACCAACACUCGCCCCGAACGCUCGAGAGGAGAUUCCGGCUCCUGGCUUUGACUGUCGGAGCGGACGAACAACCUUCUGUCAGUCAACCGUCUUACCAGCCGUCUUAACAGCUGUCUUCCAGCUCAACGUGUCCGGUCGAGGGGGCAACACGACGCUUGCACCACCCGGCUGCGCCACGCCCCCUUCAACUCUCACUCACCUGAGAGCAUUUCAAGGCGCACGCAGCGGCUGGCAGCAGAAAGGCAGCACCCCAGUACCGCACAGCACCCCGCAGCGCGCCGCAGCAGGCAGCAAUGCGCAUCCUGUGCGACGUGUGCGAGGCGGCACCCGCCAAGGUGUUCUGCGCUGCUGAUGAGGCGGCGCUCUGCCUGGCGUGCGACAACAAGGUGCACGGCUGCAACAAGCUCGCCAGCCGCCAUGUGCGCCUGGAACUGGCAGAGGCUCGCGCCAUCCCCCGCUGUGACAUUUGCGAAAACGCCCCUGCGUUCUUCUACUGCGCGGUGGAUGGCACGUCGCUGUGCCUGCAGUGCGACCUGGACGUGCACAUAGGGGGCAAGAAGGCGCACGAGCGCUACCUGCUCAUGGGGCAGCGGGUGGAGCUCCCGAAGAACCCCCCUAUCAUGGCGGAAGACCCCAAUCAGCCCGCCCUUCCCUCCCCAGGGGGGGGUGCUCCGGAUCAUCCCCUCCCACCAGAGGCGCAUGGGGGGGCAGGUGGUAACCCCACUGGUAACCGUGCUGGUAACAUGGGCGACGCGGAUAUGGGAGGUGGUAACAUGGGGAAUGGUAACAUGGGUAACAAUGCAGGGAAGGGUAAUCUGCUGGCUGGCCAGUGGCAGAGGGGAGCGGAGGGUGUUGGGGGAACUGGAGAGGGAGGGGCGGACAGAGGUGUUGGUGAGGGUGCCGGCGGUGCUGGUGUUGGCGGUGCUGGUGGUGCUGCUGCUGCCGCUGCUGCUGCUGCUGCAGCCGCUGAAAGGGAUGCUCAACUACUGGGUGGGAACGGUAGAAGGGGAGGUGGAGUGGGAGGAGGAGGAGGAGGGAGAGGAGGAGAGGACAAGGCAAUGCAUACACAGCAGGGAGGGGAGGUCGUGGCGGGUGACUAUGAGCCAACCCCUAUGAGCGUGGUGCUCCUAACCCAUGGGGGCGAAGGGCGGUCAGGGGUGGAAGGGGUAGAGACAGCAAGGGGAGGGACAGGGACAGGGACAGGGGGAGGGGGGGGGUCGGGAGGGAUGACAGGGAUGGCAACAGGGACAAUGCAGGCGCUGACUCUGAAUGUGGCCAAGGGCGGGAGUGGAGGGGAAGGGGGCAGCGGGGCUGCGGUUGAGGGAAGGGGAGAGGUGGGGGCGGCAGGAGGAAACAGGUUUGGUUUGCGUUCUGGAGCUGGGAGAGGAGGUGAGGAGGGGGGGGGUCGGAGCAUGGUGAUGGGUAAUGUGAGUGAUGCUCCUGCUGUGGCUAUAGCAGUGGGGGAUGAUGAGGUGCCUGCGCUGCUGUCACCUGCUGUAGAAGCACACGAGUUCCAGCAGCACCAGCAGCAGCAGCAGCAACAACAGCAGCAGAAGCAAGAGGAUGGGAACCACGGCAGGGGCGGCUUGAUUGAUUUGAACUCCUGGCCCCAACGAUCCGCUGAAGCCUCCCAGAGAAAGCUGCUAUGAGGUUGGUGCUGCAGGGAGGGACGGAUGGAGAGCUGCGCAGUGAAGCGGGAGUGGUGCCCAUCGUGCCAGAAAUGCCACUGGACGGGAUCUCAGUCCGGACAAUGUGAUGGCUAAGUGAUGGCAAUGUGACGGCAAUGUGAUGGCAAUGUGACGGCAACGUGAUGGCAAUGUUCUCAGAGUAAAAAGUUGACUAGAAUGAGGCAAACAGGUUGGUUUUGUCUAAGGGGUUGUACCCUCUAAGAGCAUGCACCUAUCUAGCUUAUUAUAACAUAUACAAAUAUGUUUUACACACCCCCUAGGCUAGAUGAGGGGCAGUGCCAGGCACGAGUAACAACUAUUAGAUUGUACCCUCUACAGAAAGGUUCAGUAAUAACUAUCAAGCCUAUCA